AUGAGCGUGCUGAUCGAGACAUCAGUCGGCGACGUCGUCAUCGACCUCUACACAAAAGAAGCCCCCACAACGUGCCUCAAUUUCCUCAAACUUUGCAAAGUCAAAUACUACAACUUUUGCUGCUUCCACAACGUUCAACGCGACUUUAUGCUCCAAACCGGCGACCCCACGGCUACAGGAAAAGGCGGCGAAUCAGUGUUUUCGUUACUGGACUCCAAGACGCUUCAGAAGAAGUACCUCCCAGCCGAGAUUCAUCCGAAAUUGAAGCAUCGAGAGAGGGGCACGGUGUCGAUGGCGAUCGCAGGUGCGAGUACAGGAGCCCAGCAGGAUGUUAAUAGCGUUCUGGGAGCGUCAGGAGUUGGAGGUGAUGCGGGAGCUGGAGGAGUGAUUGGGUCGCAGUUUUUUAUCACCAUGGGUGAGAACCUGGAUUAUCUUGACGGGAAGUAUACAGUGUUUGGGAAGGUUGCUGAGGGGAUGGAGGUUCUGGAGAAGAUUAACGCCGCAUAUACGGAUUCUGAGUUUCGACCGUUCAAGGAUAUCCGGAUCAAACAUACUAUUGUCCUUGACGACCCCUUCCCCGAUCCUGAGGGACUUGCCGUUCCAGACGAAUCACCACUCCCGACACAAGCUAUGCUCGACACUGUUCGGAUCGGCGACGAUGAAGAGAUCGAGUCGUUGUUGCCGCCUGAGGAAGAGGAACGGAUCCGACGACAGAAGGAGGCUCAGGCUCGGGCGUUGACCCUCGAGAUGGUGGGUGAUCUCCCCUUUGCCGAGAUCAAGCCGCCCGAGAAUGUGUUGUUUGUGGCACAGCUCAACCCGGCGACGCGGUCCGAGGAUCUGGAGUUGAUCUUUUCGAGGUUUGGGUUGAUCCUGAGCUGUGAGGUGAUCCGGGACAAGAAGACGGGGGACUCGUUGUGCUAUGCGUUUAUUGAGUUUGAGAAGGAGGAGGAAUGUUCGGAGGCUUACUUCAAGAUGAAUAAUGUCUUGAUUGAUGAUAGGAGGGUCCAUGUAGAUUUCUCACAGAGUGUGAGUAAAUUGCAUAAGGAUUGGAUGGUCAAGAAGGUUGGCGCCAAGAAGGGUGGUGGUGUGGCCGAGGAUUUGAACCUGGAGCAGAGAUCGAGGUACCGGGAGGGUGGUAGUGGCGGUGGUGCUGGUGGUAAGAGGUAUGAUAUGGUCUUUGAAGGCGAUCAGGCGAGCGCACGGUCUGGCGGCAGUAGUAGGAAUGGAGGAGAUGGACGGAGCAGUCAUAAGGACGACCAUCGGGAUCGGGAUCGAGAACGUGAGCGCGAUAGGGACCGCUCGAACCGCGACUCUCGUAGUACUCGCGACCGCGACAGCAGCCACCGUGACUCGGGUUCCAGUCGACGCCCUCAAGAGAGCAGCAGUAGUAGCAGUAGGAGGAGGUCCAGAUCCCGGUCGGGUAGUCCUAGGAGAAAGCCCACCUCGUCAUCUUCGUCGACGCGAGACAAUCGUUAUGACGACCGUAGGAGUUCUGACCGUCGACGCUAA